AUGCCUUCAGGCCUGGAUUCCUUCCCGACUACGAGCCCAACCACGACGAUAAACGAUUUCCAUCAGUCGAUGAUGGGCUUUGACAGCGCAUAUUUGCAGGGGGAUUUUAGUUUCAUGUCAAACCCGCCUGCCAGAAUAAUUGGUAUGGCUGAAGGCGGAGUCGACUGGCUGAAUCUGGAGCUGGAUUCUCCUAGCAGCGGUGAUUUCGCUGCCCAAAGCGUGGGCCAGGAGUACCACACUGGUUAUAUGCAACCCUUUCAUGCACAGCCCUCGGUGUCGAUUGGACUGGAGAGCACCUUUCACAACCGGGACCAUGACACUGGGGCGGCACGAUAUGACCAGCUCCGGCCUCAAGACACGAACCAGCCUGCUAUUCACGUAUCAGACUCGCAGCAUUCGGCCCAACAGUGGCCUUUCGAUCACACUCGCCAUCCUGAACCGCAAAGGUAUCAACUGCCACCAUUGCGCCAGAUUCUUCAGGGCACAAUAAUAUCAGAUGGGCAAGACUGUGGUAACACGGCCAAAAGCCUGGUCCAAUUGUUGUCCGCGCCGGUCCUGCCAGAAAUCGAUCUAGUCCAGGAUCUGAGCAUCAUGUCUGCUAUGGACUUGUUGAAAAACUCGUUGGACCUGUACUUCUCCGAAUUUCACAGCGUUCUGCCACUGGUACAUAUACCAACGUUCGACAUGACCAAGGUGCCCACCGUGACGUUGGCAGCCAUGUCGUGCAUUGGGGCCAUGUAUUCCGAUGAUCGCCAAGGCACAGAUCAGUCCUGGUCCCUGAGUGAGAUGUGCCUGCAGAUGAUUGCCUGGCUGGGAGGUGCCGAUAGCACGAACUACUACGAUCCCGCAUAUCUCAUAGCAUCCUGCCUCCAUCAAAUAUACUCACUGGGCUCGGGAAACCGACGGCUCUACCAAAAUGCCGAUUGCUCGAGAGGUAUCUUGAUCGGGUGCCUCAGAGGAAUGGGGCUGCUGAAGUCACGUAUCAGCAUGGAGAUUGAGAAGGAGGACUUUAAACAUGCAGCCUUCAUCGAAAACCCGGAAAGCGAAUGGCUGAGGUGGAAGGAUCAAGAACAGGACAAGCGGAUCGCGUGGUCAUCCUUCGAAUACGACUGCAGUCUCUGCACCUUGACGUCCAGGCGGGCAGCAGUUGACUUGCCCGAACUUCCCACUCACUUGCCCUGUGCAGAACCGCUCUGGGACGCACCAACUGCUCAGGCCUGGGCUGCACUUUAUUCACGUCUAUCUCCGACGGCCCGUGGGGCACCCACUGCGAAAAUCAUUCGCAAUCUUCUGGCCGGCAAGGCCAUCCCGGAAGAUCUGCCGGCCUGGGGCAAGAGGCUCUGUGCCCAGAAGAUUGGUCGGCUGCUCUGGGAUUUGAAACAACUGGAUAUCAUGUCCACUCCGGAAUACUUGAAACUCCCGUCCAUGUCUGCGGCCCAGAAACAAACCAAAAGUGUGCUCCUGCAAGGCCUGAACGCUCUAUGCGAAUCAAUGUACACACUUACCUCCACCGCCGAAUUGAUACACUACAACAUCACUUCUCUGAUCUGCCGUUAUUCCCACUUGUACAGUGCGGACGAGGCCAUGGAUCUUGUCGUCCACAUCGUCCGCGCCUCUGCGUCGCCGUCGAGACAUCUUGAUUUCAGCUUGAUAUCUGCCAAGCGACGACUGAGAUCCAUUUUGGUGAAAAACCCCAGCAAAGCUCGCAAGCUGGCCUGGCAUGCCGCUCAGAUCAUCGCGGUGGCCAACGAGUACUUGGUCUCAGCACCCUGUGAAAUUUUGCGGGUCUUCAUGGGCUACAUCUUUCUUCUGGCGUUUGCCAAAUAUGGACCUCAACCGUCUCCAGAAUCUGCUUUCGGCUCAUUUACUGUGCGACUAGACCUGUCGAAUCGAAUCGAGGGCCAAAGAACCGCGACUACCACCUGGAUCGACGUUGGGGGGCCAGCAAGUAUCGGUGGUGUCAAGAACAUAUACGACGAAGGAGGCUUGAAGGCCAUCAGUCAAGAAGCUCAAAUGAUAUUGCGAAAGAUGCGAUUCUGGGGACUGGCCAAGAAAUUUAUCCGGAUCUUGGAGAGUUUCGACUACAACGAGGAUUGA